CUCAUACACACAGACACUGAUCUAUCUGUCGUUACCGUAGGCGGGAGGCCACACGGCGUUUCUGCGCAGUGGCGGGGGCUCUGUGUGCAAGCCGGUGGUCGCGCUCGAGCUCCAGUUCUACGAGGCGCUAGCUCCGCAAUUCCCGCAGCUGCGUCCGUUCGUGCCGCAGUUCCUGGGGAAAGUCAAGGUGGAGCUCACGACGUCGACGCCGAGCGAGUCUCCGAGUUCCCCCUCCUCGUCGCAGGCCUCUUCAACGCCUCCGAUAGAGCCGCUCUCCCCAACCGAGCCGAUGACCCCCAAGAAGAUCCGCAAAGGCUCCUUCGGGAAGAAGCGCCGUCUGGGCAAGUACAGCGCGUCCAACCCGCUGGCGCCGCCUACGUCGGAAGGGGGCUACAGCGCGAAACUCUGGAAGCAAGAGCGAGCGAAGAAGAACAAGAAGACCGCAAAAGACCUUGCGUUCUAGACAUCAAAAUGGGCACGCGUCAGCACGGGGAGGACGCCUCGCCCGCCAAAGUGAUAUCCCACACAGCCAAAUGUGCCGCCACCACGUCGCUAGCCCUUGGGCUGCGGCUCUGCGGCAUGCAGAUCUACGACGAACGCGACGGCACCUACACAAUUUGGGACAAGACCUGGGGAAGACAGCUCAAGCCCGA